UGCUAUUGCAUGUCAGUGGUUAGAGUUCUGCGUUGAGGUUAUGUUUGGUUUAUAAAGCAUUCAGCAUUGUAAACAAACCAACCAGUUUUUGAAGUGAGGGGGUUUACGAAAUAUACCGUUCAAUCCAGUUUUUAAUUUUAAAGGUUCCUAUUUUCAUGGAAAAUAUAAAUGACAUGAUCAGUUUAAAGCAAUGGACAAGAAGACUUCCUACAAACAAGCGAAACACGUUUUUAUGAAAAUAAUUCUUGUUUACAUGUCAUUGAAUAGAGUCAGCGAUGUAUAUAAAACCCCCCAGAGGUGACAUACAACUUGAAGAGUUGACUGAAUGUGUUACUACUAGGUUUCAGUAUUUUUUAUCAAGAUAUCAAUCACAAGCCAUAAAAGAAAAUGAAAAUAGUUCUCUUAAAUUUGAAUAUCUUACUCUAGGAACAGCUCUGGAUCGUGUUGGACAUUUUACAUUGAGAUUGUUGGCAGCUCAUUGCGAUGACCUUAGUCAGUUCAUUGGAUCGUCAGAAGCUUCUUUUUUUGUUGAGAGGCUUGAAUUGUCAUCACCAAAACAAAUUGUUCAAUUUAUUAACACAACACUAAGGCAUUUGGAAGAAUCUGGCAACUCAGACUUUGGAUUAUUAUGGAGAAAUGAGUUCUCUGAAAUUUUAAGUUUAAUGAGACACGCUUUUAAAAGUUCUCAUAUGAACGGCUUCAGUCAUGAACAAACGUGCUGUCAUUAUGUGUGUAAAGUGCCCUUCCAGAUGUGUUUGAAAAUGGUAGCAAAAAGAGAACUUCAGUUGGAAAAAGGAAAUGUUUUAGUUCCUUGUGGGAAAUGGAAGCAAUUUUUACACUGUUUUGCAGAAGACUUCUAUCUCAAUGAAGUGUUUAAGAUGAAAUCUAGUCCAAUUAUAAAAGAAUUCAUGUCAGAUGAUCGACUAAUAGAAAUUAAGAAAGAAGUAGUGAGAAUAUUCUACAGUAACUCACAACACUCUUUAAGUAAAGAGGCGAUCAGACCAGAUGACAUUAAAGAAUUGCACAAGUUGUUCCCACCUUGUAUGGCAAAUUUGUACAACAAUCUCAAGAAAAAUCACCGGUUAAGUCACUAUGCUAGGUUCAACUUUUCCUUGUUUUUAAAAGACAUCGGAUUGUCUUUAAAUGAUUCUAUUGCGUUUUGGAAGAGUGAAUAUUCACAGCCUAGCAAGUGCGCAGGCAAGUGCUCACACUCGUGGCAAAAGGACUCUGCGAAAUAUACUUACAGCAUCCGACAUCUGUACGGAUUAGAGGGAAAACGAGCAAAUUAUCGUGCUCCAUCCUGCUAUAAAAUACAGAACAACAAUCUCGGUCCUGUUGAAGAAGGAGGCUGUCCAUUUUUGACCUUUGAUGCGAAACAACUUGGAAAAUGUAUUGAACCUUAUAUUUUACAAAACAAGGAACAAGUGAUUGAAAUAAUUUUGCAGCUAAAAUCUGAUGAUCAUACCAAGGCUUGUGAUUACUACAGAAAAACUCUGUUGAAGGAAGCCAACGUGGAGGUUAGCAAUGAUGCAGCAACACACAGAUCUCCUGUUGAAUAUUUUAAUUUGUCAAAACAUUUAUUGUUUGACAGAUCUAUUAAAGAGUAGUACGUCUAAAAUAUGUUUGAUUAUAAACAAAAAGUACAGCCAUAAAUAAAACUGUGCAACCAUGUAGUAUAAUUUUAUAGACCAAGUAUUUUACUACUCUACAGGUUUGUUUCUUUGUUUACUACUUCAAUAUGUAAAUUCAUUCUAACGUGGACAUAUAUUAA